AUGGACCAGCAUGCUGAUCAAGACAAAGAGUUCCAACUAGCUAAAGAAGAUGAUGCCUUAGUCAUUUCCAAUGGCCCCAUAACUCGAUCCAAAGCUAAGAUACUCAAGGAAGCUAUUGGAGGAUUAAUCAAGAAGUGUUUGAUGCAUGAAGAAAGUCUUGAAGGAAGCUUGAUACUUCAAGAUACACUUGAAGCAAUGGGAUCCGAGGAUGAUGAGGCAACUCUUAUGAGAAGAAACAAGCUAUUACAAGAAGCAAUCACCAAAGAUAUCCUUGCAGCCAUGGAGAAGUUGUUGGAGGAUAAACUCGAUCAAAGGCUAUCUGAUAGACAAGACCAGAAUGCUGAGCAGAGACGUGAGCCAAGGAGCAAUAGGCAUGGUCGUCGUGAGCAUGCUGGAUCAGAAGAGACUGAUAACUUCUAUGAGAGAAGUAGCCAUAGCUCUGGAUCAAGACACAGCAGUAGGAGAUCGCGACAUGAUCAUGAGGGCAGAAGGCAUAGGCGCAAUGAGCUAUCAGGAUUAAAGCUUAAGAUCCCUCCUUUCCAUGGCAAGGCUGAUCCGGAUGCGUAUCUUGAGUGGGAAAAGAAGAUAGAGCUUGUCUUCAAUUGUCAACACUACUCUGAGAUUAAAAAGGUUCAAGUUGCUGCUACUGAGUUCAAUGACUAUGCAUUGAGUUGGUGGGAUCAGUUGGUUACAAACAAGAGGCGCAAUGGGGAGUUUCCUAUUGAGACAUGGGCUGAGAUGAAGUCUUUGAUGCGUAGAAGGUUUGUUCCCAGCCACUAUCACCGUGAUCUUCACCAAAAUCUGAGGCUUCUUAUCCAAGGUUCCAAGUCUGUGGAGGAAUACUAUCAAGAGAUGGAGUUGCUUAUGUUGAGAGCUAAGGUCUCUGAAGAUAGUGAAGCUACCAUGGCACGGUUUCUUGGUGGGCUCAACCGUGAGAUACAAGACAGAGUAGAGAUGCAGCACUACUUGGAGAUAGAAGAGAUGCUACACAAAGCUAUUUUGGUAGAGCAACAAGUUAAGAGAAGAAGUCAUGCGCGUGGCAGCUAUAGUUCCAGUAGAUACCAGACUUCUAAGGAAGACAAACCAAGCUAUCAGAAAGAGGUCAGGCCACAGCUAAAGGAAGAGUCUAAGCCUAGUAGCAUCUACAGCAAGGAUAAAGGUAAAACGGAGGCUACCAGCUCGCGUGCAAGAGAUGUGAAGUGCUUUAAGUGUCAAGGGCGUGGGCACUAUGCUAAUGAGUGUACCAACAAGAGAGUUAUGGUUCUCUUGGAGAAUGGCGAGUAUGAAUCUGAAGAUGAAAGACCAGAGACUGAGCAAGAAUCUUCAGAAGCAGAGUAUGAAGAGAAACCAGUUCACGGUAGGCUUUUGGUUGCAAGAAGGACUCUCAGCUUGCAAAACAAAACCGAGGAGCUAGAGCAAAGAGAAAACCUGUUCAACACUCGUUGUAUGGUGCAAGGAAAAGUUUGUAGUCUGAUAAUUGAUGGUGGAAGCUGUGUUAAUGUUGCUAGUGAGACAAUGGUAAAGAAGCUUAGCUUGAAGACUCAAAAACAUCCUAGACCAUACCGACUACAAUGGCUCAAUGAAGAAGGGGAAAUGAAGGUAUCCAGACAGGUGUCAAUUCCUUUAUCCAUUGGAAGAUAUGAAGAUGAGAUCCUAUGUGAUGUGAUACCAAUGGAAGCCAGUCAUAUCUUGCUUGGGAGACCAUGGCAGUUUGAUAGACGAGUUACACACAAUGGCUUUACUAACAAGCAUACCUUUGAGUUCAACGGCAAGAAGACUACCCUGGUACCUCUGACUCCUAAAGAAGUGCAUCAAGAUCAGCUACAGCUUCAGAAAAAGAAAGAAAUAGAUCUUAAACCAGAACAGAGCAAGCAGCACAACUUCUAUGCCAAAACUGGUGACAUCAAAAGAUCUCUCUACUCUAAUCAAUCAGUUCUUUUAUUUGUUUUAAAAGAAUCUCUUGUUAGUCUAACUGAUUGCACACCGGUGUAUCCGAGUGAGAUGUCAGCUCUUUUACAGGAUUAUCAAGAUGUGUUUCCAGAAGAGAGUCCCACUGGUUUACCACUAUACGAGGGAUUGAGCAUCAGAUAG